UUGGGGAUGAUCAUAUCUUUGAGUUCAAGGAGGCAUUUGGCAUGUUUGAGAAGGACAGAGACAGUCUGAUCCAUCCCUUCGAACUUCACUUUUCCCCCCUUUUCUACUGGAAAUCUGUUGAUUUUAUGAUUUAUUAAUAGCAUUUUUAUGGUUGAGGAAUUUUUUAUGGAAAUCUGUUGAUCACUUGGUUGUGUAGAAAGGGGAAGUUGAAUGAAGCAUAAAUGGUGUUUUUGACGAAAUGCGUAAGAGAGGGAUAAGUGCUGCUAAUGCAACAUUAGCUGCUUUGGUUUAUGGAGGGGAUAAGAUAGCUUGAUGUGAGUGUUUACCAUGGGCUGAUCAAGGGUUUGUUGAAGCUUAGGAAGGCAAAGGAAGACACUCAAGUGUUUAGAAUAGCACUUGUUUAGCCUAUGUUACUCUAUCCAUGUCGUGUCUCAUAGGCUGAGACUCAACAAUACGGGGCUGAAGAGCUACAAAGCAUUAAACAAAUACGGUGUCUGCUUAUUAUCCGCUUGCCUGCUCCUUGCACUGGAGGGGCGCAUGGGGAAGAAUUUCCAAUCCACUGAAGUUGCUGCAGAUCUUUAGUCAUGGUUCUGGCUCUUGUGCAGCGGUUGCCACUGUUCUGAGUGGCCAAGUGAGUUUAGCUAUCUGUCCUCUGUUCAGAGAUCUCAGCUUCAACAACUUGACAGGCAAUGUUCCGAUCUCCUUGGAGAAGUUGCAAAAACUAGAUUUCAUGUAAGACACUUUCUUUCAAUGAUUAUAUUUAGUAGAACUGAUUAUUUUGCUCAUCUUUGGAAAUGCUGAUAGCAAUGGCUCUGUUCAGGUUCUUGACCAGCAACAGGCUUGCUGGACCUAUAGCUCACUGGAUUUUGAAAACAAACAGAAAUGUGCAUGAGUCUCUUUUCCUCUUGAGAUUAUCUUUGCCUGCUAACUGUUUCUAUGGAGUGUUUAGCAAAGUCAAGUCAGUGGUAAUGGUGGAUACUCACAAUCUCAUGAUCAGAAGAUCUCAUGUGCUUGUUAGCCUAAAGCUGCAAAUAUUAUUUUCCACAGUCGAUGCACCAGCAUCGCAUGGGUUCUUGAAAGUGAAGGCACUUUUGUCAUUGCUCAUGCCGAUGGAAACUUAUGUGUAUGAAAGAAACAAGGAUUGCAUUGGCGAUUCUUCAUUCCCUGUCAUCAACGACCAAUCUCAGUUUUCUGUUGCACAUGCACGGUCCAACAAGGUAAUUUGGCCCUGAUCUUUUCCAGCCAUUUUGAGUUGUCAAAAUAUAUCAUCAGCCCUGUUGCAUCAAAUCAAAUGAGUGCCAAUCAGACAAUUGUUUUUGCACCAUGCAUCUAGGUACUAAUAUCUUUUGACCUUUCAAAAAACAAGCCUAGAUUUUGUUCUAACUGAAUAUUAAGAUGCAUGUUUGCAUAUUUAGGAAUAAUAAAUUUUCCCUUAAUGGGGCCUAAAAGCACAUAUCGUUGACUCAGGGAAACAUGGAGAAAAUUGUGGAUCCAUCCAUCCAUCAUGAUGCGUGCGUACACACAUUCACAAACACACCUCAUCCAUCCAUCCGUGCAAGCAUACAUACAUCCAUCCAUCCAUACUCCAUCCAUUCAUGCAUGCAUAUACACACAUAAAAACAUGGAUUUCAUCAUACAACCAUGCACCCAUUAAAAAAUGAAAUGGAAAAUCAGGUUGCUUGUUUUGAAAACCAGUUACUUCCAUUUUCUAUUUUUUUAAGACUAAGAAUUUAUUCCUCAUUGUGGCAGG